AAGGAAGGAGUCCUCCUCGUCCGGUUGUUGCCUGCGCAGGGGAAGCUGGUUCCUCGUUUUUCUUUGUGCGCGCUGCUACUGCCUGGGCGUGCGGUCGGCUUUUUUCGCCAUUUUUGCCUUUUUGUGUGUGGCGCGUUGGAAGGCCGCGAAGACGCAGUCAAGGAACGUGUGGGCAUCGAGCUGCAGCCGAAAAUCAACUGCAGCGUGUUAAGUUUGCAGGCCAGGUCUGGUAAAUUUUCAAGGGUCAGCGUGGACCUUGUGGCAACUCUGAAUAUUUGGCCACGGAUAUCAACUCAAUUUUGAAGCUCCAUCAAGCAAGGCGAGCUCUCCACAUGCGCCCAAGGCACGUCUGCGGCACAUCGUCAGCGCAGCUGGCUCAUAGGCGCAUACUUCUAAGCUAGACUGCCUGCAAACUUCGUUUACUACCAUGAUUUUUUGUCAUUUUUGCCAGACUCCAGUGAUGAACUUGUACAAAUAUGAGACACACUACAAAAUUCAUUCCAAUAUUCAUAACACUAACAUACCGUGCAUAAAUAAGGGCUGCUCCAAACAUUUCAGAACAUUUAAUGCGCUGCGUGUGCAUGUUUCGCGCAGUCAUGUUACAGAUGUUGCUUCUCCAACUUCAUCAGGAGAAGCAUUUAGCUGUCCUCAUACAUUCUGUGAUGCCCAGUUUCUCUUUAAGAAAGAUGUUGUUACGCAUGUUAAAAAACACAUUUCUUCUGGUGUUGCCACAGCAUGUUGUUUUGUUGACUGCAAAAAAGAGUUUUCAAACGCGAAAUCUUUCAGUUCUCACGUAAGUCGCUGUCAUGGCAGCAGUUUGUGUCCAAGGCGCAGUGUGGCACAAUGUGAAGAUUUUGCUGCACCUAGCAGUGUAGAUGACUGCACCACUGUUCAUCUAGCAUCUUCAGACGCUGCAGACUCUAGUGCGCCGUCUUGGCAAACAAGAAAUGCAGCCCUGUUUUUAAUGAAAUUAGAAUCAUUUCACCUUGUACCGUCAUCCGUGGUGCACAGUAUCAGUGCUGAAAUUCAUUCUAUGAAUUUAUUGUCUGCAGACCACAGGCUCAAUGUUAUUGGUCACAUACUUCACGAACACAACAUAGAUGACGAAGCAUCUGGCAAGAUUUUCUCUGCAUUAAGCAAUGAAGAAACCCCUUUUAAUACAGUUGGUGGUGUGUUGCGAAGUAAAUAUUCACGGCACGACUAUUAUAAAAAGGAAUUUAAAAUGAUAGAGCCAGUCGAGAUUACCUUUAAGAAUGAACGAAGUAUUCAUUAUGUGCCAAUUAAGCAGUCUCUUGCUGCGAUGCUUGCAGAUGUCACGGUGAAACAAGCAUUAAACAAGGAUGCUGUUUGCGACAGCCAGUAUCUUUCCGGCUUCAAUGAUGGAACCCUCUGUAAAGAGUCUGCCUAUUUACAGCAGAACAGUGGCGCUAUUCAGCUGCUCUUGUACCAGGACGCAUUUGAAGUGGCAAAUCCUCUUGGGUCGGCAAGAAAAAAGCACAAAGUUAUGGGGAUGUAUUACAGUGUUGCCAACCUUCCUUCACACUUUACCACAAAGGUGCAUAAUAUUCAGUUAGCGAUGAUUUGUUAUGAGUCGACACUUGUGAAUCUAGGCCACCAUGCUGUGAUGAAGACAGUUGUUGCAGAACUUAAGGACCUUGAAGAAAAUGGAAUUAUUGUGGGAAGUGAUCACUUCAAAUGUGCCUUGGUUGCUAUCCUGGGUGACAAUUUGGGAAGCCAUGGAAUUGGUGGCUUCACAGAAAACUUUUCUACAUCAAGGUGGUUUUGUCGAUACUGUGAGGUCACGAAGGAGGACUUUCUCAACAACCCCCAUUUACUGGGGCUGCAACGCUCACGUGAUGAGCAUAAUAACUGUGUGAGCAUGGCCGAGCAGGGUUACGUUGACUUGGCAAAAGGAGUGAAAUUUGACUCUGCUUUUAAUGCCUUACAGUCUUUUCAUGUGACGUCUGGGCUGCCACCAUGUGCUGCUCAUGACAUUUUAGAAGGGAUCGCUCCAUUUGAUUUGUCACUAAUUGUGAAGCACCUUGUUCAUAAAAAAAAUGGUUUACAGUUGCGCAGCUAAAUGAGCGAAUCAAGAAUAUAUCUCUAAGCCGUCGGGACGCUAAAAGCAGGCCAGCAACGCUUAUGAAUAACAACAGCUAUUAAGUGCGUGGGCAAGCAGUUGAAAUCUAUUACUUGAUAAGACUGCUGCCUAUUCUCAUCCAUGAUAAAAUACUUGACUGUGAAGACGAGGUAUGGAGCUUGUACUUAUUGUUAAAGUCUAUUACUAUUAUAGUUAUGUCUCCCAAGCUUCAUAUUACUCAGGUUGAGUACCUCAGGGUUCUUAUUGGUGAAUACAUCACUGAAAGAGUUAGACUUUUUGCAGCAGUGCCUCUGAGACCCAAACAUCAUUUUUUGAGCCAUUACCCCGAUCUAUGUUAUCGUUUCGGUCCAUUGGUUCACUCGUCAACAUUGCGUUUUGAAAGUAAGCAUUCAUACUUCAAGCGCAUUAUCAGAGCCUCACAGAAUUUCAAGAAUAUUACACUUACAAUGGCGAGCAAGCAUGAAAUGCUUCAAGCAUAUUGUAGGGCAGGAAAUGUUAUCCCUGACGAUUUGGUGCAAGAAAAGUGCUUUGCAUUGCAGUCAGAGAUUAUAGAUUCCAGAAUAGUGCGUGCACUUCAUUCUCAAUUCCCAGCACCAGAGUCAGCAGAACUAAGCCUCCAAUUAACCUACAAGGGUACUACCUAUGAAGCUGGCUCUGUUAUUUUGUAUUGUGUGGGUGGGUGUUUGAAGGGAGCAAAGAUUAGCUGCUGUGUAUCCGUUGAACGGAGCAUUUCUUUCAUUGGUGCACCUUGCACAAUCAAAGAAUGGGGUGGCAGAGGCCUUAAGGUGGUAACCUUCACAAACAUGGAUCUGGUGUGUGUGAAAUAUGAACAGCUUGUUCACAGGAGUUCAUUGAAUGUGUAUGCUUGUGCCUCUAGGAAUGUCCUGACUCUUAAUCAUGAUGUUGACUAUGUUCAUUUUGUGUGAAAGGAGUGUUUCUUGGAUUACAUUUUAUACUUGGGGGAGAUUUGGUCGAUAUUAGCCGAAGACCCGUUUCUUUUUUUUAAGUGCCAUAGAGCAGUGAUAUUUCUUGCGCCUUUGGGGUUUCCCCGGCCCAUUUCAUAACACAUGUUAGUUAUUCUGUAGUUUCAAUACAAAGAAGAAAACAGAUUUUUGUGCAAAACCCUUCUGCAACGCCCUGCAGUAGUACUGGACACCUCCUCUUCAACCCUGUAAUAGUAUUGUGAUUAGUGUGGUGAUGAUUGUUAUCUUGUUUUGUGCACAUACCUUAAAUAAACGAAGUUACAACUUGAAUGUUCUUUUCUUUACCAGAGCAUGGAAUCUGUGGCGUCAGCAAUACGAAGAAUAGUUCCAGAACUCCCUGAAGAAGAACUUGUAAUGCUUGUAAAUUAUUUGAAGUCAGAAGGCUACCAACAUGAAAAGGACCUCAUUUACUUAGAAAUUGAUGAUCUCAAACCUCACUUGAAGUUGUUCUAUGCUCGUAAACUCCUUAGAGGGCUCAAGACCAGUGGCAAUGAUGGACCAUUCUGCAGCAGUGGCGGAAAUGCUGAACAAGCAUCAACAUUGUGUGCAGAAUCAGCCAGCAGCUCCCAAACGUCAGUUGCUGCAGCCACAAGCACAUCUCGUAGGUGGCUGCAGGAGUUUAAGAUCAAGUGGGCAGAGCUUCCAAAUCAGCUCAUUGCCGACUGUAAAGAGGGACGAAGGCCAAAUCCACAGAUGAGGCGCCAACUUGUGAAGGUGCUUGGGGAAACAGUAGCAAAACAUGAUCCAAUGCCUGGGACGGCAGCUGUGAAACAUAUUGCGCGACUGGUGACUAUGGAGUAUCCCAAGUCAUUUGCAGACAUGACGUCUGCUGGGGAUAUUAUUGGCGAUGGCGCCGCUUCAUUUUCCCGGCAGCUGAGCACGUUCCUUGAGAACAAAAGACGGCCAAAUCGAAAUGCUAAGAGAACUGACGAUUUGUCAGAGCAGGUUGAUCAACCUGCAGCAAAGAUGGCAAAAGGGCCAACUGACUCGUAUGGCUGUGUGGCCUGGCAGCCAGAUUGCAACCAAGAAACUUGGGAAGCUCUUAGUGAGAAAAGGUGUCUGCUAUUGCAAACCAGUCCACCUUGUGAGGAUGUUUCGAGGCUGAUGGCAGUUACGUAUGCUCUGCAGCGCAGAGAGAUCAAUGAAGGAAAGGUCACAAUGCAAAACAUUCGGGAGCUAUGGCCUCAUCUGCUUGAAGAAACCUACUUCUUUGGGCAUCUUGACAUGCUUGUUGGUUUUUCUUUCUGUGAAAUAUUCAUUCAUGAAUUGACAUUGAAGGGACCAAGAAUUGUUGACUACAUGCUGAAGUUGUCCAGGAAUGGAAUGCGAGCUUUGCUUCACAAGGUGACAUCAGCAGUAGACAAGGAUGGACAGGCGGUUCCAAGAUACUUCUACAUCCUGGAAUUGCUUUGUGCUUUCUUCGGCGAGAACUACGGCCAAGUAGUCUCCUUUCAUCCGCAUGCAGCUGAAGGGGGGCUGGAAGGACUGCCAGCAACGCCGCACCUUGCUGUCAUUGGAUCAAGCAUGGGGGACAUAAAGAAGAUCAUCGUUGCGGUUGAUGCUGUAGAAUUCAUCUCUACAAGAAGUCUUGAGAAGGCCAUGGGCCUCCUCUUAGGUGCCUUCUUUGUGUUCAACGUGGCGUACCCUCCCGACUGCCCCCUCACCAUGGAGUUUUCGCAGAGGUACCUUGGGCAGAUCAACCCAACAAAAGGGCGCGGCAAAGGCAGGGCCGGCGGAAUCGCGCCAAGGUUACUCAGCCUGCUGAAAGCACUUUAAUUUAUGAAUAAAUGUGCAAGUAGAGAUGUA